GUGCCCUUCUCUGGCAAAAGACGGCGCCCCUAGAUGUGCCUUGGAGUCGUCCUGCCGCAGGAUUCCGGUGUCCGCCCACUUAGCGGGAGUGGGCCUGCUAGCCUUUCUUAGCACGCUCGGCUGCUUGGUACGGGCCCCAGACAAGAGCGUUUGGAAAUCCCACCCUCUGGGCGGGCUCUGGGCUGAGCGCGCCAUUUCUGAUUGGUUGCUGGAGGUGAUGGGCGUGAGACCGCGAAGGAGGAGCCGCUCUCUAGGCUUCCGGGCGCCGAGGUUACCCGGCUGUGGGAACCGUUGGCGUGCUGGUCGCCGGUGUAAUCACGGGCGCCCGAGAGGAGGACGAGGAGGGUGUAGGCAUGAACAUGGCAGAAGGGGACACCCUGAUAUCAGUGGAUUAUGAAAUUUUUGGGAAGGUCCAAGGGGUGUUUUUCCGCAAGUACACUCAGGCUGAGGGUAAAAAGCUGGGAUUGGUUGGCUGGGUCCAGAACACUGACGAGGGCACAGUGCAAGGACAAUUGCAAGGUCCCAUCUCUAAAGUGCGUCAUAUGCAGGAAUGGCUUGAGACAAGAGGAAGUCCCAAAUCACACAUCGACGGAGCAAACUUCAGGAAUGAGAAAGUCAUCGUAAAGUUGGAUUACUCAGAUUUCCAGAUUGUGAAAUAAUGACCUGAAUUUAAAUUUUCUAAGAUAAACUCACUGGUUUUGUUUUUAUUGUUACUAUAGAACAGUCUGUGUUCAGUAUUAGAAUUGGUCAGUAAGUUAUGUUAGUAUCAGAUAUUUGAAUAUUACUGUAUAUUAUAUGUAUGAUAGAAAGAUGACAGACUCUACACAAUUCUAAAUAAAAAUACAUUAGAACCUUC